GGAGAAAUCAAAACUGCUCAUUCAAAGAAGGACCCACAGCGGACAUUUCCGGUCAUCAAGUCCACUGUUGGAGGUACGAAAGUGAAGCUUUCGCAGAAGAAAUGGGAGAAAAGCUUCGCCUUCCCAACUCUGGGAUUGAAAUUGGGAAAUUUCCAUCCAAAAAUCUGGACUGGAACAUCAUUGGAAUUUCUGGGCAAAUUCCUUCUGGCCCGGCAAAGAAAGCAGAUCUAAACAACGACUACAAGUUGAUUUUAGAACUGGUCAUCGCCUGCCUCGAGUGUGGAAGUGGAGGUCACGGCGAUGACAUCACCCAGGAGAGAGCCUUCAUCAUCAACGCUCUCAUUACCAAAACUAAGAAGAAGAAGAAGUCUGACCAUGGAGAAUUUCAAAGGAAGAAGAAGAGGAAAAUCAACUCUCCAUCAACAUCUGGAAAUGUCAAUCCGGAUGAGUUGAAGGAGAAGGAGCCUGCUGAGGAAACCUCUGCCCAAAACCGGAGUACUCAACAACUUGAAGAAGAAACUCCUCAAGUCCAAAGCCUUCCAACUCCCUCAUCUCAGCCUCAUACAGAUGAUGCUGACAGCAAAUUCUGGCAGCUCUACUAUAAUUGGAGAGCUUGGAAAGUUGGAAAUUCAGCAGAGCAACUGUUGGAUUGGGAUCAACAACUAAAGAAUGAGGAUGUUAUCAAGAAGUGCUUAGGAAUACCAGUCAACCACAACUGUGAAGACAUUUUGAAUGACUACUGGGUAUGGCAAAAGAACCCUGAAGACCUGCAUAUGGAAUACCUGGCCAAUACACCAGUUUCAGACUGUGAAGCAGAUGAUGAAGACACUGCAGUCUUCAAGCCAGUCUUCUCAAAAGUCACAGAAGACCAAGUGGCUCUUACUUCUGUGGAAGCAGCAGUUGAGGAUUUCCAAACAUUUCCGGAAACCUCACCUGCCUUCGAAACGGAAACCUCACCUGCAUUUCAGGUAACUUCUCAUGCUUCUGAAAUGGUUCUAACUGAAGUUGUUCAAGAGAAGGCAACUUCUCCCCCACAAGAACAGAACCAGGAAACAGCAGCAGAAGAAGAAAUUCAGCAACUAAUCCAAUCUCAAGUUUUAGAGACUCUCACAACUCCUGGUGAGAUCUCCAAUUAUACAGAAACUGAGAUCCCGGAGAAGUCAGCAAAAAUUCCAGAACAGUCAGCUCUUCCAGAAACAAUAGAGCAAGCUGUUGAAGUGCAAAGGAACUCUGGAGAAGCUGAAAAGGAAACUCAAAUGGCAGAAGUGGAGAUGGUUCUAUUUGAGAAACAAAAGCCAUAUGUUAACUAAAUUACGUAAUGAACUACGAGUAGUUACCCCUUUUGAGAUUUCACUCAUAACAUUGUCGAGUGGAUGAUGUCUUGAAGUUCUCCAUUCGGGUGGUAACUCAUUUGCUACAUGCUCAUCUUUAUUGUUCUCACUUUCCCUUACUUCCUCUUCUUGUUUUUCAGAUUUUGCUUUACUAGACUCACCUUCUU